GGCGGGGCUCGGUGGCUGGCGACGGGGCUCGGGCGGAUGGCGGGCACCAGGAGCAGCAGCAUGGUCAGCACCGAGCAUCUGUUCAAGGUGCUGGUGAUCGGGGAGCUGGGCGUGGGCAAGACCAGCCUCAUCAAGCGCUACAUCCACCAGCUCUUCUCGCAGAACUACCGCGCCACCAUCGGCGUAGACUUCGCCCUGAAGGUCUUGCACUGGAAUUCGAGCACUCUGAUCCGCCUCCAGCUCUGGGACAUCGCAGGUCAAGAACGAUUCGGCAACAUGACAAGGGUUUAUUACAAAGAAGCAGUUGGAGCUAUUGUAGUCUUUGAUGUGUCCCGGCGUUCAACGUUUGACGCAGUUCUGAAAUGGAAAAACGACUUGGACAAAAAUGUGAAGCUGCCCAAUGGGGAGCCAAUCCCUUCCGUGCUCUUAGCAAACAAGUGCGAUCAGCAGUGGGAUGGUUUGGAGAACGAUCCAGCAACAAUGGACCGCUACUGCAAGGAUAAUGGCUUUGUAACUUGGUUUCAGACUUCGGCAAAGGACAACAUAAAUGUUGAUGAAGCCAUGCAAUUUUUGGUGGGGAAUAUUCUGGCCAUCGAUUGCAUCCAUCUAUCAGAGGACAACAAUGCAGAUGAUAAAAUUAAAUUAUCAGAGUUUACUGAGGAGCCUGAGAACAAAUCACAGUGCUGCUAACGCACCAUGUCCAUCUCCCAGCAAUGUCUUACUAUACAUUCGGGAAGCCACAAUAUCUGGAUGAUCUUUUCUACACAACAAUGAAGUGGAUGAUUGUUAAACAAAACUAACAUGUUGUCAGCACAACUAUUUCAGCUAACAACUAUUUAAACUGAAUUUUUUACCCUAAUUUUAAUUAAAAGUGGAAUGAUGGAAUGGUAAGAGCAAUACUGCACUUCUUUUCUGUUUCAUAUUUUGUAUUAGUCUUUUGGAAAUAACUUUUAAAAUGUGUUUUUUUUUGUCAGUUUUUCAAACAGGAACUAUUUGGUGCACAUUGUCUAAUGUUAUCUCAGUAUUUUGGGUCUUAGGUGCCUGUUUCUGACCAAUAGCAAUAUUGGAGUUAAAUUCAUUGAAGGGUUUUAAGUUGUGGCACAGCUAUUAUGUCAGCCUGUGAAAUGUGUUGUAAACCUGGUGAGAUACUUCAAAUACCUGUCACUACAGCAAGUUCACAUCCUCAUGGCUUUAUGGGUUUGUGAAUUCCCAAAAUUCUAGGCUGCAGCAGGUUGUACCUGUUAAUUUGAAUCUUGUAGUCAACAGAAAGAGGUAGGGAUUUACAGAUAUCCAAAUCCACAGGUAUAGUUCCACAAACUCGCCCUCUCAAGCACAACGAUGCUCUCCUUCCAUGUUCUUACUCAUGCCUGUCACUGACCUGGGUUUAACCCAUCUGCUUCUGAAGCCCUCACCUUGUGAUUGUUAUUUCCAGUCUUGACUGGGGAAGAAGGUGGCUGAUUGCUCCAGUGCUUAUAACCUUGGUAAACUCAACUGAAAUGACCUCAACUGAAACUAACCUAACCUGCACCAUUUCCUAGUCCCCCAUUUUGCAUCCAGUCCACUGAUAUUUGAUCUUAAAAUUUUAAUCCUUGUGUCCAAAUCCCUUGGCGGACUCCAUCUCUCUGUUUCUUAAGUCCUAAAAUCCAGCAUUCUCCCAGUUCUAGUCUCUUGGUGACCUCUGGCAUCUACCACUUCCUUCACCCAGCUGCCUGGGCCCUGAGCACUGGAAGUCUCUCCUUAAACAUUAUCCUCUCCCAAAAACCUGCCUCAAAGGUUAUCUCUGUGCACUUCAUGUCUUUUUUCCUCCUUGUAUAUUUUGGGACUCUCAGAGAGAGUUUAUUUCUUCCAAGGUCAGAGGGAGGAAGGUGACAGUCUGACCUAAGCUUGUGAAGAAUUCUGACUUUGGGAUAUUGAAGGAGAAAGCAUAAAGUCAUACAGCAUGGAAACAGUCCCUUCAGCCCACUAUCCACCCUGACCAUAAAACACCCAUUUACACCAAUCCCACGUUAAUCCCAUUCUCCCAACAAUCCCGUUAGCUCCCCAUGGAUUCUAUCCCUCACCUACAUACUCGGGGCACUUUACAGUUGCUAAUUAACCUACCAACCCACAUGUCUUUAGGAUGUGGGUGGAAACUGGGGCACCAAGGGGCAACCCACGUGGUCACAGGGAGAACAUGCAAACUCUACAUAGACAGCACUGGAAAUCAAGAUUGAACCCAGUUCGCUGGAGCUGUAAGGUAGCAGCCCUGUUUGCUAGGCCGUCCAGUGGCAGAAUGGAGAAAGGGGCUAACAACAAAUCUCAUAGCACAUUUCCAGUGCCUUUCCUGAACUAUAGCCUUUGAGAGAGCAUUGAACCUCGUGUACGAGGGGUAAAUCUAAUGCUAACCAUGUGCUAUAUUGCCAGCACAUGACAACUCCCUGCAUAGGAUUUCUCUACCAGCAGUUUACAUGGGUCAGAAUUUUUAAAAAAAAACACACAGUGCUUUGGAUAUGAUUACUUAUUUUGUUUCAGCACAGUGCCUUGGGCUUCCUGGAUUGUACAUUUUGUACUGCUAAAGAACGGGGAAAUAUCAUAAAAGUCACUUGGAAUAAUUUGGGUGGUGUGAAUGUUUGCAUUAUUCUGGUCAUAUUUGCCAAAGGUACAGUUUCUGUAAAAUGUUAUCCAUAGAUUGCAGAUUUGAAGUACCUACCAGUUCUUAUAAGCAUGGAUCUGUUCUUGAGUUUUAAGAUAAGAUAUCUUUAUUAGUCACAUGUACAUCGAAACACACAGUGAAAUGCAUCUUUUUGCGUAAAGUGUUCUGGGGGCAGCCCAUAAGUGUCGCCAUGCUUCCGGCGCCAAUAUAACAUGCCCAAAACUUCCUAAUCUGUACCUCUUUGGAAUGUGGGAGGAAACCAGAGCACCCAGAGGAAACCCAUGCAGACACAGGGAGAACGUACAAACUCCUUGGCUCCAGGCUGAUGAUUGUUGACAUCAUUCAAAGAUGCGCAGUGGGAAUGGGAGGCACAGGUUCCACACCCAUGCUGAGGAAUCUCGUUCUCUCCACCACCUUCCCCAACGCCUUCACAGCAUGUUUUGUCUUGUUGCCCAACUUGCAUCCUCCUUGAAUCACCUGCAGUUUCCUCAGUCUAUGCUACAGUCUCCAUAUCAGAGCAGCUGCUGGUGUCCUGUCCAUUUGCUCUUGCUAACCCAUAUUAUAAGCAACUUCACCCUGCUAUUUGACUCCGAGUUGAGCUUCUGAGCACUUAUCCUCUCCACCGCAAACACUAGCUGAUUUCACCUCCAUAACAUCAAUCAUCUGCCCAUCACAGCAAAUUGGUUCCAUUCAUCCAACCUAUCAAGACUCUUGGCCAUUAUCAAAUACUUUAAUUAGAUCUACUGUGCUUCUAUUCAAGAGCAUACAAACCUGCCUUAUAAUUUAAACCUUUCUGUCCAGGAAUAAUUGGGGUAAAUUUAUGCUGUGGCCUCAAUAGGGUCAAAAUAUCCUCCUCAAUGUACAGCACCCAGAAUGAAAUACAUUAUUCCAGAUGAGGCCUAACCAAAGCUCUGUAAAGAUGCAACAUAAUUUCCACCCUUCUAUGUUCCAGCACACUUGAGAUUAAGGCCAGCAUUCUAUUAGCCUUUUUAAAAUUAUUUUUGGUGCCUGCUAGUUUUGAAUCAUUUUUGGACUCUGAAAUGUCCCUGUUCAUCGACAAGAUCUUAUUUUUUGGAAAGUAUUCUGAUCUAUCUUCAGUUCAAAGCACUUGACCUCGCACUUUGAGCUCCAUUCAGCACUAGCAAUGUCCAUUUGCAGCUUCAUGAGCCCAGCAGCCCAGCACACAAUUUAUUGUAUCACCUAUUUUAAUAUCAUCAGCAAAAUUAAAUGCAAGGCUUUCAGUUGUUUCAUCCAAGUAAUGAAGAAUAUACCGAGAAGUUCCAAUGCAGCUCCUGGCAGGCACCUAUAGCCAAUCCUUUCAGAUUGUGUGUACACCCAAUGUGUCUACUUUCUGUCUCCGACUUUCUAAUCAACUUCCUUUGUCGGGCAAAUGUUGAUUCUUUUUUUGUGCACUCAUUUUCACAACAGUGGUUCAUGUAGAACCUUAUUAACUGUCUUCUGGAGGUCCAUAUAAAUCACAUCCACAAGUUUUCCCUACCCCGUAUUUCUCAGAAAUUAAAGUUGGGUCAUUUGAUGUGAAUUGUGAUUGUAAAUCCAUUCUGGCUCUUCAUGAUUCCUGGAAACUAUGAAGUCAUUCUGUCCUGAACAGAUUCCAGUAACUUCCCCAAAACUUAUGUUUAUGCUAAAAAGUAUUUAGUUUUAUUUCCAUUGCUCUUAAAAGAAGCCUCGGGCAGGUUUCACUGGUGAUCCCUACCAUCUAGAAGGAUAAAAGGAGCAGGGGCAUGGGCACCCCAAUACUGCAAUCUCCCCAGCAAAUCACCCACCAUUCUGACUUGCAAAUAUAUCACAUGGUGAAAAUAUUGGAAAUCUCCUUCUGACAACAUUGUGGGGCAACUGUCAAUAACUUUGGUUUUCCAAGCACCAUUCUCUACCUGAUUAUUUGUUAUUGCACGAAUUGGCUGCUGCCCUACCAACAUUAAAAUACUGAAUACAUUUCAAAAGUAAUUAAUCAGCUGCACAGCAAUUUAGAAUGAACUGAAAAAUGCUAUGUAAAUACAGGCCUUUUUUCCUUCAUUCACACAGUCACUUUCCUCAUAACUCUACCGAGGAGUCAGCCAGAAUUAUGUGUUUGAUCCUGGAAAGAGACUAACUUUAGUUUCUCUUCCCUCUAGCCCGAACUCUGUUCCCACUUCAAGAAUACCUGUACACGUGAUCUAGUUUCCCUUUAAUACCACGUGAGAUUGACGAUUGUAUUUAAAAAAUCUUACAUUUCUCAUAAGCUUCCUAUCCACAAAUCUUGCCCUGUGUUUCAAAUUUAACAUAAAACAUUGUCACUAUUUAAAAGGGAAACUGUUGUCCACAAUUAUGAUGAAGAUACAUAUUCCAAGCUUUAGGGUGGCAAAAUUCUGUCAGCUAGUCUGUUUUUCCUGUCAUGGUUUAUUGACCCAAAUGGGAGCACUCAGUUUUCUGUUUUUGUUUUUGAAGAUGUUGAGUAUUUUAAAAAAACUUCUCAUGAUUGGAAUGCAUCUGCAGCAAUGUCAUCUGAAAAUGUGGCCUCACCUUCCACACUUACAGAGAUGACACCCAACUCUACCUCAACACCACCUAUCUUGAUCCUCCACUUCUCUAAGUUGCCCAGUUGUUGUUCUUUCAUUCAUUACUGGGUGAACAGUAAUUUCUUCUGAUUAGCUAUAAAAACAAUAAAUAGCCACUGACAAUCCUUUUAGAUUGCUAAAUACUGUGAAGGUUAAAGUAACCAUCUUUGGUCGUUGUCAGAAACUCCAUUUUGUAACCUUCACGUUUUACCCUUCUCCCUGACAAAAACUAUCGAGAAGGCUCACAGUCUUUGUGUCACAAUUAACCUUAAGGUGAGCUUCAGACCACAAUUUUAUGCUAUCAGUCUACUUCCACCUUUAUAACACUGCUGGACUCCACCUCCACCUUAACUCAUCUGCUGUUGAAAUGCUCAGUCACACUUUUUUUAUAUGCCUAUUCCAGUUCACUCCUAUCCUGUCUCCCUUGUUCUGCUGCUCAUGAACUAAUUAACAGGAACUCAUAUUCAUUCAUCACUCCUGGGUUUGCAGACUUGCAUUGAUUCCGAGUUAGCAAACAGUUUGGUAUUAAAAUCCUAAUCUCUCCAUGGUCCUGCCCCUUCCUAAAUCUGUAGUCUGCCCGGCCCUUUAACUCUUCAAGAUAUCUGUUCCCUAAUUCCAGGCUUUGCUCGUCCACAAAUUUUAUUACUUCACCAUUGGUGGCCAUGCCUUCAGCUACCAAAGUACCAAUCUCUAGAACUUCCACCCUAAACAUCUAUUCCUCAUGUCUCUUCUCUCUCAGCACUCUCCCUUAAACCUGUCUCUUUGUCCAAGCCUUUGGUCAUCUGCCCUAAUGCGGAUCUCUUAAUUCACUCCUAUGAAGUGCCUUGGGAUAUUUUUCUGCAUUAAAUGUAAUAUAAUGGAAAUUGAAGCUGUUGUAAUACCCCCCUGGUGUCUCGUUUAAUAACAUUAAAUUUUUAUCACCCAG